AUGUCUCAUAUAACAGCUGCUGAUUCCCAGGAGUCGCGCUUUUCAAAAUACAAGCUCAAAGAGGAUUUGUAUAAAGAGCCAGAAUGGUUGAGUUCAGGAGGUAACAAACUGGUCAUUGGUGGAGCGGGCGCACGAUCAAAGAAGAGAAGCAUACCAACUACUCUCAUCAAAAGAACAAGCAAAUUUCUAGGCGAAACGAACGACGAUUCCGAUAGUCCCAGCCAGCCAACACUGCCACUCCAAUCCGGCGUCCAAAGAAAACGCUUUGCAAGUGAUGCUGUCGCCACAGACCACGAAACGACAUCCAUAGACGAGUUCCAAGAUCUUCCUCCAAACGUGUCCCUCUAUGAUCGCAUGAAUAAUGACGACAGUUCCGGCAAUGUUUUACUCAUCAACAAUCCAGAUUUUAGUAAAUUUGAAUCCGAUCCUAAUAGUUUCAAAAACGUCUUCAAUAGAGUGCAACGAAGCAGGGUACCUGUUGGAUCCAGUGAGACAGGGAACCCAGAACUCCCCUUCUCUGUGGGCAAAGUAUAUUCAUUGAACGACAAGGAAAAUGAUGCAGAACCAACGAUAAGAGAAACUGCAGUUAUAGUGUUUGGAUACGAUGAUUCGCAGUUUGCCUCGAUUGUGGAGCAAUUCUCGAAAUAUGGGACCAUACUGGAGGAUUUCAACCAGCGUAAGUUUUUGUGUCAAGGCAAGAGUUACCCCGUAUUCAUUGGGCCGCAGUGGGUGAAAUUCACAUACGAUAAUUCAGCUUCGGCAGUGCGUGCUUUGCGUGAGAACAAUAAAUUAGGUGCAUCUGGCUCGGUGAUAGGAGUGGUCCCUUACACGAGAUCGUCACUAGAAAAACUGCUAGGGACAUCUAUCCCAGACAAUCAAGACAUUGGAUGUUCCAUGUCGCUGGUUAAGCUUGUGAGUGACCAAAAACUACCGGAAAUAGAACUCUCCAGCGUUUUCGCUGCUGAAGGCGGCAAUCAUGAAGAACGUCAGGACGGCAGGUUUAGACUCAAGGACGGUAGUGGCCUUAUCAAUGUGCCAAAGGCUACCAAAAAGGAAAAAAGGGGUUUUUAGAGCGUGGCAUGAA